CAUGCAGGCUUCUUUAAGGUGUGGUUAGUGCAGCUGAGGCCUGUUGCUUUUGGCUUCUACUGACUAUCUACAUCAUGUUUCUCUUGGCUUUUUUUUCCUCUGCUUGGGUAUUAUCAGUAGCUUUUGGUUGCUCACAUGGUCAAGUACAUCUAGUAAAUGGAAGUGGUCCAAAUGUGGGAAGACUAGAAAUAUGUAUCAAUGGAGAUUGGGGAACUGUUUGUGAUGAUAUGUGGUCACACACUAAUGCUCAAGUAGUCUGUAGACAACUGGGAUACUCUACUGAUGGUGCUGUAUUUCUUGAGAAAGCAUUCUUUGGUGCUGGGAAUGGGUCCAUAUUAUUAGAUGACGUUGUUUGUUCAGGAUCAGAAGAUACAAUACUUCAAUGUAGGCACUCAAGUUUUGGGUCUCAUAACUGUGUACAUGAUGAGGAUGUAGGUGUGCAUUGCUCAGAAUCAGUAACUAUAGAAGAAUCUGUUGAUAAUGUCACAGUCUGCGAUACUGAACUUGAUGAUCAGUUGUGGUCAGUGAUGAGUACCAGUGGUAGCUGUGAGCCUUAUAUUAAAAGAGACUCUAAAGCUGGAAUUUGUGAUGACCUAUAUAUUGCUUGGACUGAUUAUGUGUACAUUCCAAACAGACGUCUUGGAGGCUCUCAAAAUCUUUUAAGGCAAUUCACAGAAGAACUUGAUGAGUUAAUUCCAUCAAUACCAGUCCGCUGUCGUGAUAUUGCUAUUAGAAUUCUGUGUACUCACUAUUACUUGCCCUGUGGUUUUAAUGGUACCCUGCAUGUUCCACUACCUUUAUGUCCUGAUGUGUGCCGAUACAUGUCAGAAACAUUGUGUCCUGAUAUCUGGCAAUUUAUUUCUAGUUCUUUUACCUCUGAUCAAAUUGAUCUUGAAUAUAGAAAUGACGAGGGAAUUAUACUGCCAUCGUGUAACAAUACUGAUAAGCUAAUUGAUUUCUUGAAUCUCACUAGUGACUGUUGCUCUAAUGGACGUGUUUUGCUACCACAACCAACUGUCACAAAAACUGAAGGCAACAAUGAAAACAGUACACCUGCUUCAUCACAUUACGUGUCAACAAUACGGAACUCUAUGCUCAUUCCUAGUGGUGUCCCUUCAUCUUCUUCAAAUAAAUUAACAUCUGUUGUAGUGCCAUUAACAGUCACUAUUUCAGUAUUGUUAUUGAUAGCAUUCAUUACUGUAUCAUCCAUUAUCUGUGUGAUUAAGAGAACAAUGAUUAAGAAAAAGGAAAUGAUGCUGCAUGCAAUUUCAAAGCAUCAACAUGGCUCCAAGCCUUCAUUUUUUUCUGAAAGCAAACCGAUUAAUAUUUCAUCAAAGUACAUGGAUCAGUUAUCAGAUUAUAUAAUAUCAGGAUCCUUCAUUGAAAUGCUAGAAACCAUUGGACAAGGUGAAUUUGGUGUAGUUUAUCGUGGUGUAAUGGCUAAUGAUAUUGAAUUUCCAAAAGCAGUUGCUGUGAAAACAUUAAAAAGUUUAUGUAAGGAGAGCAAUAUUGAUUCAUUACUGGAUGAGUGCAUUAUAAUGAUGUCAUUUGAUAAUUUAAAUGUAUUACCACUGAUUGGUGUGUGUCUUGAUCUUGGACCAGCUCCAUACAUUAUCAUGCCUUUCAUGUCAAGAGGAAGUUUAUUGUCUUACCUCAAGAAAGAGAGGCCUAAUCUUACAGUAGCUGAUACCAGUGAAGAGGAUAUUAUACUGAAUGUCAGGAAACAGUUACUCUCCAUUUGUUUACAAGUUGCCAAUGGAAUGUCUUACUUAGCUUCACAGAGGUUUGUUCAUUGUGAUCUUGCUGCUAGAAACUGCAUGAUUGAUGAUAAUGGUAUAAUUAAAGUAGCAGACUUUGGACUAUCUGAAGACAUAUAUGCCUGCAAUUACUUCAGGCAACUAAAGAACAGUGAUAAUAACUCAGGAUCAUCAACAGUUAAACUACCAGUGAAAUGGAUGGCAUUAGAGAGUCUUCAUGAUGGACUAUUCUCUGAAAAAUCAGAUGUUUGGUCUUAUGGUGUUCUUUGUUGGGAAGUAUUCAGUCUUGGUAAGGCACCAUAUCCUGGUCUGGAUCCAAUAGGAGUAGUGGAGUUACUGGAUACUGGAGGACGAUUACAAUAUCCACAUAAUGGAACCUGCUCACAGGAAAUUUACUUGCUGAUGCUGUCUUGUUGGUCUGAGUCUCCUAAUGAUAGGCCAGUAUUCAGUGAUUUGGUUUCUUCAAUUAAUGCACUCAUUGAACCAUUGGCUGGCUACCUUGAUUUUACUGACAUUAAUAAUACUUGUACUGUAAAAGAAAGUGAUGUUUGUGACUAGAUUUAUGUAUCAGUAUUUUUUAUAGAAUGUAUAAUGUGAAACAACUUAA